AUGGCUUACGCCGCACGAAAUAUUCUGCGCAUGGGCCGGGCUACUGCCCCCCUCACCCGCCUUUCCACGCCUCAGGCUGCGACACGCGCCUUUUCGACAACCUUCGUCAACAAGGUGUCCGAGUCCGAGCCCAAGCGUAGUGUUGUCCGCGAGCGCGAGGUCCCGGUCACGAGCUAUGGCGCCGGAGAAGGCCAGGGAGAGCACAGCACAGUCAGUGUGGGCGCGCAUAACUCGACCGUCCCCUUUGAGUCGCCGCAGCCACCUCUCGAGUACGAUGCCGUGCAGCCCCUUUCGAAGCGUGUGCACGAGGCUAUGCCGCACACUCUCCGCAACAUGACUGUGUACGGACAGACCAUCAUCGUCACAGGCGGCGCUCGUGGUCUCGGCAACCACAUGGCUCGCGCCUGCGCGGAGGCUGGUGCCAAGAACAUUGUCAUCUUCGACGCCAACCAGGAGCUCGGCGACCAGGCUGCUGCCGAGCUUCACGACAAGUCAGGUCUCCCCGUCUCCUUCUUCAAGGUCGACGUUCGCGACGGCGCCGCCAUCAACGCCGCUGUUGAGUCCGUCGUCAACCUCUACGGCUGCCCCGACUCUCUUGUCAGCGCCGCCGGCAUCGCCGACUCCAACAUCAAGGCGGAGACCUACGACCCUGCCAUGUUCCGUCGCUUGAUCGACAUCAACCUGACCGGCACCUUCCUCAUGACCCAGGCUGUUGGCCGUGCCAUGAUGGCCGCCGGCAAGCCCGGUUCUCUGAUCCUGAUUGCGUCCAUGUCCGGCUCCGUUGUCAACUACCCCCAGGAGCAGUCUUGCUACAACGCCUCCAAGGCUGGUGUCAUCCAGUACGCCAAGUCCAUCGCCGCUGAAUGGGCCAAGUACGACAUUCGUGUCAACUGCAUCUCCCCCGGCUACAUGGACACCGCUCUCAACCGCGUGCCCGCCCUCGAGGCGCAGAAGAAGAUCUGGAAGUCCCUGACGCCCCAGAAUCGCCUCGGCGGAGUCGAUGAGCUUAAUGGGCUCUGCGUCUUCCUUGCGUCUUCCGCUUCGCGCUUCAUGACCGGGAGCAACAUUCUCAUCGACGGUGGCUACUCCUGCUACUAA